AUGUCGAACAUAUCUGAGCCUCAGCACCUUGGUAUCAUCUCCCAAUGCUACAAUGACACGUUCCAAAGCUUCUACCAGCACGACAAGAGUCUUGGUCAGGGUGGUCAGGGCGUGAUCAGUCUCGCCAAAGUCAAAGCAACUGGUAAGAUGGUCGUCAUCAAGCGUCUCAAGCUUCCUCCCAAUACUGACCUCAGUACUGUCGCUGAAUUAGUCAUUCUUGAUCGUGUUCAGAGACUCGGUGCCCACCCUAAUAUCCUUCCCUACCUUCAAAUCUGGAAUACCCCCGCCGCUCCUGGUGAGUGCCCUGAAAGCAGAAUUGUUCUACCCUACCUCCCUGGUGGAGACCUCAAUACGCUCAAAUUGUCUUUCCAAAAGAUGAAUCGCAAGGUCAGCUUCAGCUUCCUUCACGAGAAUGGUAUCUCUCACCGCGACAUCAAGCCGGAGAACAUCAUGGUUGACCCCGUCAACUUUGGUGAUCCGGCUCUGUUUCCCACCCUCAAAAUUAUCGACUUUGGCAUUGCUGCUGAGACUACUUGCGAUCACGAGACUACAGAUGGUACACCUAAAUGGCAACCUCCUGAAGCCCCAAUGGCUGGUGCAAAAGCUGACGUUUGGGCAACUGGAGCAAUCAUUCACUUCCUCGCUACGGGUUAUGCCACAAAGUCUGAUCGACCCGCUGAGAUUCCGCUUGAGAGGGCUACUGAGUACUACCGCACCGCUACACCUCACAUCCACAGACUUGUCAACACUGACGAGCACAAUUACGAGCUGAGCUAUGUAACUCUUUUCGAGGCCCGAGAGCUAACCUAUGGUUCCGGUAAACCUCUCCCUCGUGGUGAUUUCUACUCUCCUCUGCUUGAGUACUACACUGCUCGUGCACUUGAUCUGAAUCCCUCGACUAGAAUCACUAUCCCAAGAUUGAUAAGUACGAUGUUUGAUGAUGCUGAUAGACAGAUUGAGUUCUACAAGGCUUGGUUUAGACAUUGCAAAGCUGAAGGUAGUCAAAGACCGAUGCUCACCUUUUCAAUGAUUGAACCUCACACUGGUUGGACUCCUGUAUAA